AUGCUCGAUCAAACAGUUCCAUAUAAGCUAAACGAGAAAUCUGAUAUAUAUUGUUUGGGAGUUUUAUUCUGGGAGUUGACCAGCUCACUAUUCAUUAAUGAUCUUGAAGAUAAUCAUAUUGCGCUUGGAGAGGCUGUACUUUUCACAUUGAAUCAUUUUCCUUGGGAAAUUUAUGGAUAUCAAGUAAUAACUUCAUUAAUUAUUAAUCCAUGA